CGGAUGCUUAUGAAGGAUAUAGUUCUCAUAAAUUGAUAAUUUUUUUAUAUGCUGAUAUAUUAAAUAUAUAUACUACCAUUAAUUUUUUCUUCUCUCUCUUUCUCUCGGCCGGAGAUAACGAGUCCUAGAAGGGAAGACAUCCGCGGCCGCCGUUCUCUGUCUCUCCUCGAUUGCUUGCAGGGUCCAUUAAGUCGAUAUACUGAAAGCUGGAUGGAUAAGAAUGAAGACUCUGGCAGCCCUGGAUGGGGUUCUUCAUUUUUCAAGCAAACAACUGAAGAUGUUGCAAAAGCAUUUUUCGCUGCUGCUUCAGCUGCAACUGUUCAAUCACCACGCCCAUCUGUAGUUUUCUCAUCCAGGGAUAACAGUAAUGGCCGACUUCAAAAACUGCAACAUCAGCUUACGAAAGUGUUUAAAGGUUUCUCUCCUCCACCUGAAGUCAAGGGAGCUUACAACCCAGAAGUUCUUACCAGCCAAAAGCGUCAAUGGGCAAGAUUCCAGCUGCAAUCACUGGAGCAGAGACCUAUGAAAGAACCAUCUAGGGUUUUUGAGAGCAUGGUAGUUGUUGGACUCCAUCCUGAUGUUGAUGUCCAAGCGCUACAAAAGCUGCUAGAUGAGAAGAACAAUGAAUUUUCAAAGAAACAAAGAAGCUUGCUGAAUUGCAAUCACCAGAUUCAUGCUGAACCGAAUCUUGAACCACAGGUGCUAUUUGUAUAUCCUCCAGAAAAACAGCUACCACUGAAAUAUAAGGAUCUCCUUUCUUUCUGCUUUCCUGGAGGUGUGGAGGUUCAUGCGGUAGAAAGAACUCCCUCACUAAGUGAGCUGAAUGAAAUACUGCUUGGGCAGGAACAGCUGAAGCAAAGCAACCAAUCUUUUGUAUUUCGUUUACAGGUGGCUGAUGAUUCAACCUUAUAUGGAUGCUGUAUAUUAGUUGAAGAAGUUGUACGGAAACCUUCAACUUUAGUUUCCAUGUUUACAGGAGAGCAAAGCUUCUCUUCAUCUUUAAGCCGUCACAUAAUAACUACAUCUCGGUGCUAUUGCAUUUUAUCAAGGCUACCAUUCUUUGAGCUGCAUUUCGGUUUACUGAGAAGCAUCUUCAUUGAAGAAAGGUUUGAGCAGCUAACAAAAGGCAUUGACAUGCUAAAUUUGUUGUCAUCGGAAGAAGUUUCUAUGAAAGACAGCACUUAUGAUAAAACCAGUAGUCCUGUUGAGGAACAUCACUGCACUGAGGAUACAACAAAUUUGAUGAGAUGUUCUUAUUCUAGUACAGAAUUUUCUACCCCUACGAAAAUAUCUGAUAAUGGGAAAGCUGUGGAUAACCAGCUUCAUGAAGUGAACUUGAAUUCUAAGGAAGUCAUUCAGGAUAACACUGCUUUUGAUGUCAAUCAAGAAACAACAGAUUUUGUAACUGAAGGAGAAUCUGGACUUGUCAUUCAAGAUAGCCAUGAUAACUCUGCUGAUGAGACCAUGAGGGGAAGGCAAUCUGAAAGGCGUAAUACAGAAGCUGUUCUGCCACUUUUGCGGUGCCGCCUAUAUGAAAGCUCUGAAUCAUCUGCCAGUUUCCAAGGUUCUCCUAGUGAAGACCGAAAUUUUAGGAGUGAUACAGAUGAAGUAGAGCUGGAAGAGCCAUCUUCCUCUGGUCAGGAAGAUUCUAGUGUUCACAGUGAUAUUCUAGAAUGGGCCAAGGCAAACGGUCAUGGAUCUUUACAGAUAAUUUGUGAAUAUUAUCAGUUACAUUGCCCUGCCAGGGGCUCAACAGUUGUCUUCCAGCCCUUGGAGCAUUUGUAUCCAUUGGAGUUUCACAGGCCUGGUGAAACAGUCCUUCAUAUAGCUGACUCCACCAUUGAUCUUAGAUCUUGCAAUACAAGCUUAGAAGUGGCUGAGGCACACAGUGCACUGCUAGCUGAGGAGGAGGCAAUUGCUUUGUCUGUAUGGACGGUUGCAUGCAUAUGUGGUUGUCUGAGGCUUGAAAAUAUAAUCGCAAUGUUUGCCGGGGCACUUUUGGAGAAACAAAUUGUUAUUGUCUGCUCUAAUUUGGGAAUCUUAUCUGCUGCAGUUUUAUCAGUUAUCCCACUAAUACGUCCCUAUCAGUGGCAGAGCCUACUAAUGCCAAUUUUGCCAAAUGACAUGUUGGACUUUUUGGAUGCGCCCGUUCCAUACAUUGUUGGCAUAAAGAAUAAGACCGCCGACAUACAACCAAAGUUAGCAAAUGUCAUUCUCAUUGAUGCUAACAAGAACCAGGUGAGAUCACCUUCAAUGCCACAACUGCCCCGACAAAAAGAGUUGCUUGCAUCUCUAAGUCCAUAUCAUGCAAAGCUUGUGGGUGAAAGCUUUCUAGCAAGAAAAAGACCAGUUUAUGAGUGCACAGAUACCCAGGUCGAAGCUGCUAAAGGUUUCUUAGCAGUUCUUAGAUCGUACCUAGAUUCUCUGUGCUCCAAUUUAAGAUCGCAUACAAUCACAAAUGUGCAAUCAAAUAAUGACAAGGUUUCAUUACUUUUGAAAGAGAGUUUUAUUGAUUCAUUUCCAAAUCGUGACAGGUCCUUUAUGAAGCUUUUUGUGGAUACCCAGCUUUUUUCUGUACAUACAGACCUUGUUCUCUCGUUCUACCAAAAGGACUAGAGCUGCUGUGGGAGAUCCUGGUAGCAAAGGUUCCAGAAAAUAGAGUUAUCAAAUCAAUCCAUGUAAUUUGUUUCUUUAUAUUUCGCCACCCAUUAAAUUCAUAUCCCAGCCAGCUUAAUAUCAAAUUUAGGUCUCUUUAUCUUUGUCAACUCUGUUGUAGAGUAACAGAUUGAUCAAAUGAUAUAGUUUAAAUUCUAUUUUAACAGUUGAAGCUACCCCUGAAAGAAAAUUUGUGAUUUUAGAUGGUUCAAAGUUAAAGCUACACACCGGAUGCGUCUCUUCAUUCUUUUCCGUGUAUGUACUACGACUGCAAAGAUGCUCCACUUUUUUGUACUAA